AUGUCUGCUAAAAUACAAAUAAAUAAACGUGUCAAAGGUCUACCCAGGGAGGAGUUGGAGAAACUCUCCAAGACCGAAUUAAUUGAUAAAAUCAUACAGCUGGAGGCAUAUAACUUCCAAUUGAAAAAUAUUUUAAACAAGAAAUUGGACGAAAAUGAUGACGACCUGAGAGAUGAACUUAAGGAAUUGAAUAAAUUAAAUGAACAAUGUAAGGCAGAGGAAGGAAAGAAGAACGAGGAUGUUACAGAGAAUCCCGCAGAGGGAUCUAAAAGGGAGUUUGACUUCAGCAAAUGCCACAAAAGACAUGUCUUAAUGAAAUUUUUGUACUUUGGCUGGGAUUAUCAGGGUUUUGCCUGUCAGGAGGAUUCCAAUGCGACCAUAGAAUAUCAUUUGUUUAGAGCCUUGACCAGAGCCUGUUUGAUAGAAUCCCGCAAUACUUCCAACUAUCAUCGUUGUGGUCGCACCGACAAAGAAGUCAGUGCCUUUUGUCAGGUCGUAUCAAUUGAUUUGCGUAGCAAAUUCCCGCCGGAGAAACAAUUUGAUGAAGACAGCCUUAAUAAUGAAAUAGAUUAUUGUGGUCUAUUGAAUCGCAUUCUGCCAAAAAAUAUUCAGUGCAUAGCCUGGAUGCCUUUGCGUAGCCCGGUAUAUAGUGCCCGAUUUGAUUGUGUGGCAAGGACAUAUCGUUAUUAUUUUCCCAAAGGUGAUUUGAAUAUAGAGGCCAUGCAAAAAGCUUGCAAAUUAUUACAAAAACAUGGUGAUUUCCGCAACUUCUGUAAAAUGGAUGUCCAUAAUGGUGUAACAAAUUACAUACGAAAUUUACAAUCGGCCAAUGUUCGACCAUGUCCCAAUGUACAAGAUGAACAACGUCAGGGUUAUUCGAUGUACUAUUUGGAAAUCAAGGCAAAUGCUUUUCUGUGGCAUCAAAUACGUUGCAUUAUGGCAGUUUUGCUACUAAUUGGCCAGCAGAAAGAAGAUCCGGAGGUGAUAACCGAACUACUGGAUGUUGAAAAGAAUCCAUGUAAACCUCAAUAUACACCUGCAAUUGGUUUACCUUUAAAUCUCUUCAACUGUGAAUUUCGUGAGAAAACAUGCCGGCGAACCGAUGAAGAGUUGGGAAUGGAUGCCCAAUCCAAUGAUGAUAUAAUGGAUAUUGAUUCUACACCGGAUAUCAGCCCUUGGAUUUAUGAUGAGGAGAAUCUACAAAAACUUAUUGAAAAUGUCCAAAGCGAAUGGACACAAUUUAGUAUAAAAUCCACAAUGAUUCGUAAUGUUCUACACAAUUUGGAAUCGCUUCUUGAUAAGGAAUUUAAACCGCAAGCAGUGCAAUCACAGGUGCUACUCCUGCAAGAUGGUGUCAAACCUAGGCAAUAUCAAAAAUUACUAACAAGAAAACGAUGUGAGAGUUUGGAAAAUCGUAUUGAACAUUUUGUAAAGAAGCAACGUCUCAUAGUCAACGAUGGUAGUUCGGCAAAAUAAGACAUAUUGACUACUCUUAAUUGUAAUUAG